AUGCACCUCACCUCGAUGAACGGCACAUUGCGUACGGCCGCCUUUAGUGGCCGAUUUGCUCUGGCCUCUCCUUCGUCUUUGCCCGCCGCCACGCCGUUAUUUCAAUGCUGCCAGAAGAUGUCGCUCAGAACACAGGCAAGGCCAGCCAGCACAUCAACCACACGCAUCCCCUUAAAGCCAUCGCCUCGUCCUCAGACAAGCUCCAUGUGUCUGUCUCCCAUUCUCCGCAAUACUGCUUUUCGCCUUAACUCGACCGCCGCAAACGCAUCCCGCGCCGAAGCCUCCAAACUCGAUUGGAAUUCCUUCUUCAAACUCCGCGCAUCUCGACGCAGAUAUACCCUCGCCUCGUCGAUAAUCGCUUCGAUGGCCAGUACAAUUAUCGGAGUACAGGUCCUUUCCGAACAGGAUCUCGAGUCCCUCGGGGCGCAGGUGAUGGGCUUGGAUCCUUUUGUUGUCCUGGGAUUGGCGACCGCUGCCUGCGGUGCGGUGGGUUGGCUCGCGGGUCCCUUUUUGGGCAAUGCCAUCUGGAGGGUGGUCUAUCGCAAAUAUAAGCCAGCUUUCUUAAUGAAAGAGAAGGAGUUCUAUAACAGAAUCAAGCGGUUCCGUGUCGAUCCCUCGUCUAACUCGAUUGCCAAUCCGGUGCCGGAUUACUAUGGUGAGAAGAUUGGUAGCGUUCAAGGUUACCGGCAGUGGUUGAAGGAUCAGAGGGCCUACAACCGCAAGAGACGCAGUUUCAUCAUCUGA